AUGGAUGCGCUGAUCGCGCGCCGCGCGGGCUUACGAAGGAGAGGACCCCUAGUGACGCUGAACAAGCCACAGGGUCUGCCGGUGACAGGAAAACCAGGAGAGCUGACAUUGCUCUCUGUGUUGCCGGAGCUGAGCCAGUCCCUGGGGCUCAGGCAGCAGGAGCUCCAGGUUGUCCGGGCACCUGGGAAGGAGAGUUCUGGUCUUGUGCUCCUCUCCAGUUGUCCCCAGACAGCAAGCCGCCUCCAGAAGUUCUUCAUCCACUCCCGGAGAGCCCACAGACCCACAGCAACCUACUGGGCUGUUACCAAUGGGGUCCCAGCUGCUUCUGAGGGGCAGAUCCGCGCAGCGCUGACACUGAAGCACAUUGGUGGUGUCCAUGUUGUGGUUCCUGUGAAGUCCCCAUCCCGAAGGGACAUCCUAGAGGGUGUCAAGAGGACCCUUAGCCACUUCCGUGUGAUGGCCACAGGCUCUGGCUGUGCCCUGAUCCAGCUGCAGCCCCUCACAGCAUUCUCCAGUCAGCUGCAGGUGCACAUGAUGCUACAGCUCUGCCCUGUGCUUGGGGACCACACCUAUUCUGCUCGUGUGGGAAUGGUCCUGGGCCAGCGCUUUCUGUUGCCCGCCGAGAGCAUCAAGCCUCAAAGACAGGCCCUGGAUGACGCCCUCCUCAGAUGCCUCUGCCUGACCGCCACCCAGGCUGCACAGCUGCCCUUGCACCUGCACCUGCAUCGUCUGCUCCUUCCAGGCAGCAGGCCCACUGUUGCACCUGUUGAGCUGCAGGCACCGCUACCCCAGUAUUUCUCCAGGACCCUGCAGCGCCUGGGGCUCUGCCAGGAAUAGUCUCCCUCUGCUGUGAGGCCACGGCUUACAGCCUGGCUCUGUGUCUAGGCAAACUCGAGCGGAUCUUGGGACAUCAGGCAGGUGACUGCUCUCUGGACUUGAAAUAAUAAAAGUGCUUCCCUCGUUGUCUGGUCAUGUUUUUGAGACCUACAUUGACCAGGCUGGCCUCACACUGGUAGUCCAGCCCUUAGCUUCUAGGAUGCCUGAAUGAUGUGUGUACCAGCACCUGGCUCCAUGGUCUGGUUUGGAGGACCUACUGAGUGACUGUAUGUUUACCAUGGACUGUGCUUUCUACCGAAUUGAAUAUUUGACCUUUUUAUUUAGGGGUUUCUCUCAUGAUCCUGGCUAGAAAGAGUUAAGAUUUUUUCCCCAGUACCGGGGAUUAAACUAGCAUGUACUACCA